AUAUGAAAUGGAAAAUCGAUUAUAAAAAAAUCGAUUAUAUUAAAAUAAUAAUCGAUUAAAAUAAAAAUCGAUUAUUUUUUAACAUCCCCAGUGACAACGUCUCUUGUCUUUCUCUCUUUUCUGUCAACUGUUUGUGUUGAUAUUAAAAUGGCCAAACGUACGAAAAAGGUUGGAAUUACCGGCAAAUAUGGCACACGGUAUGGUGCUUCACUGCGUAAAAUGGUUAAAAAGAUGGAAGUGACCCAGCAUGCCAAAUACACUUGCUCCUUCUGUGGAAAGGAUGCCAUGAAGAGAUCAUGUGUUGGUAUCUGGUCAUGCAAGCGUUGCAAGAGGACAGUUGCUGGAGGUGCAUGGGUGUUCUCCACAACUGCUGCCUCUUCAUGUCGCUCUGCUGUGAGAAGGUUGCGUGAAGUCAAAUAAACAUAUGACAUAAUUGUAAGGCAAUAAAUUAAAAAUCAAUUAAUUAGUUUGAUUUUAAUAUCAUUACUUUUAGUUUACCCAUAAGUGAUUUAUGACAGGUAUGAUGACAUUGCUGUCAUAAGUUGGAAGGUAUUGAACUCGCUAAGAUUACAAUAACAAAAAUAAAUAGUUGUUUU